UUCAGCACACACAAAACACAUGCACACAACAAACAAUAAACUGGACCAGUGUCUACACGGAACUAACUCGCACCAUAUCCACUCACCAUUCGUGCGGCGGACAUAGCAAAUUUGUAAGGCACUCUCGCAAGAAACUUGAGUAAAACUUCUUUAAAUCCAGGUUUUUAUAAAACACCAGUCGUCAAGAUGAGUCAGGCAGCAGUUGGGAUGCCAACCGAUGCUUUCGAUAACCCUCUCUUAAUGAAGACAGAGCUUGGAAGGCCAGCCAAACGUGGCUUCACUCUUCCUGAUUAUGAUUUCACCUACGGUCGACCAAACCUUGCCAAAGACGGAGGUGCAGCAGAAGCCAUGACUGGGUGGUCCCCCACAGCGGCUCUUCCAAUCUUCCGAAAGGAGAAGAAACCAGAUAGAGACUUUGUCGCACUGAAUAAAGCAUGCGUUGGGUCUGGGUUGGUGACAGCCAAAGAGCAGUUUGAAUACAGAGCAACUCACGACGUGAGACGCCGUGUUGCAGAAGAGGAGAAGAAUAAGACCAAGAUUAAGAGGAUACCAGCCUCCAUGACUUUUGGAAUCUCAACAAGACCUUCGACGCCAGUAUUUGAUCUUCUAGAACACAGAUAUCAGGAUCGAUGGUUAAACGACAGAAGGAAAACCGAACUUGUCAAGAGAGAUCGCCUCCAGCAAAAGCAAAGCCUCAACAAAGGAAUCUACGAAACAAGAGCCUCCCUCCUCCGCAAGUUCUGCCCAACAGUGGAAGCCCCGCCCCUCUGGCAGAUGCCCAAGUUCCAGAGAAAACUCCCCCACUUGGAAACAUUCCGCUCUAUCGAAGCGAGGAACAAAGCGCUGGAUAGCCAUGCUACAGACUGCACAGCUAGGACGGGUGUCUUUGGACACGGAACUUACGAGGGUGCUAAAAGUUAAAAUAACUUUACAGAGACUGUAAGAAUAUCAACGUCUGUUUCCAUAGCAGUGUUUUAAAUGUAGCUAAGAUAACCUUCAGAGUGCAACCAAAGUUGUAUUUCCUGAUGAUUAUUUUGUCACUGAAUACAACAAUGGAGUGAUUGAACAAUCUUUUUUGGAAUAGUUUUCUCAGGCGUGGAAUUUCAUCUUUGAGAGGGCAAGGCCAUUUCAUUUUUCAAAGGACACUUCCAUUGGAAAAUCUAUGGGCAACGGAGAGGCCAGGGCCUCCAUGAAAUUCCAGGCUUGUUAUUUAAUUCCAAUCCUCUAGUUCUUUAAUACAUGUUGUACACACAACCAAACUGUCAACACUCAAAUUAAGAGGUGACAUUUCUUUUCAACCAAUUCAAGACAUGAUAUCCUUCCUUCUAAAGUGUCUGAUUUCCGAUUUGUUUUGCCCCUUUUUUCCAAGAACUGACUAUCAUGCCUGAUUUUUAAACCAGUUUCAUGUUUUGUCAAGAAUGUUUGUGCAUGUUCACAUUGCUUUCAGGCUUAGUUCGUUUGAGAAAAUUUAAAUUUAAGCUAUCGUAGUUUGCAGGGUAUUCGAAUACUAUUUCUUAAACUUUGACAUUAUUUCAGAAAGAAGUAUCUCCCCAUGGAGAUUCAUGCCAUUGCUGGUAUUAUUUUAUAACCAAUGAGCUUUAAGAAUGAAACCAGUCGACUUGUUACUGUACCAAUUGACCCAAUUGACAGGCCUAUCAUUAAUCUUGGUGGCGCCAUUUUUGGAGUCAACACCUUUGGUGACACAGUGAAGCAAGCGCCCGCUUUGUGAAAAAUUCACAAAUGGCAUUCUUUCAAAUUGUCUUGCAAAAAAAAAAAACGUUCUAGUGAUCAUGGUGGCAGCUCCUUGCUUUCAAAUCCAUCAAAUAAACCUAAUUGUUCAGGUGCCUAAAUUAGACGAUCAAGAUUGACUAAAUUAUAAACUGUUUUUGUCCACAUCAUUAUGCAACAGCAUUUAUGCAAGCUUUACCAGCAUGGUGCAUACUUUCUACUCAUUUGUAAAUAUGUAAAUACAAGUUCAAAUUAUUUGUGCAUUAUUAAACCACCUUCCAUCUGCAAGUACUUUGUUUUUUUCUACAUUAAGUAAAUUAUGUGUUUUGUAAAAAGUCAUGAUGAAUCAUGUAACAAUAAUAAAAACUAUGAUGGCACACUAUUCAGUUUAUGAAAGUUUCUUUAUUGGUGACUUCAGGGAUCAUUCAAAGUUGUUAAUAUUUGUAUUAAAGACGUGCAGAAACCCCAUCCUCAAAGAAAAUUGUGCCUUUAGCAUGUCAGGUUCUAUUAAUACAUUGUGUAUAGUUUCAUUCCAACCCCCCCCCCC